UUGGCUUAUAUAUGCAGUAGCUUUAACCUAAAAAGCCCUCCACAGCUCAGCUUCCAAAUGCCUUGGAGUGUGUCUGCUUCAGAUGGAUUCUGCCCAUCCUGUACAGUCAUCUACAGAAGGGAUGGGUCCCCCUCAAGAGGUGAGGGGGGCAUGGACUGAAAGGCAGGCUUUUCUUAUGGUGGACCUACCACUCUGGAACAUUUUGCCCCCCCAGGAGUGCAUCUGGCUCUUUGCUUUUUGUUUUCUGCAAGGCAGUAAAAAUCAUUUUGUUUUGAGACUUAGUGGUGAUGGUGGGCUGACUUUUUAGUUGGGAUUUUAUUUUAUGGGCUGGAGACAGUGGGUGGUUUUAGGUAUGUUAUUUUACUGGACUUCUUAGUAGUUUGUUCAGUUUUUAUGCUUACAAGCAGACCAGAAUCUUGGGAUACAGGGGCGUAAUAUUAAAUAAAUAAUAAACAUGCUACUCUUGCACCCCUAUGGCCCUCGGGAUAUUGGUGAAUUAGUUUCUGUUAGUAGCCUUUAUCGCUGGAGAGCUGAAGAAGGGCUACCAGUUCCUCAUUGUUCAAAGAAAUUUUCAUUCUUUUUGCCAAAACACACUAUGACACUGGAAUUCUAACAGCUGUAUUUUACAACCGCAGAGAGCUCCCCAUUAAAGGAAAUAAAAUAAAAGGGUUGCGGGGGUUGGGGGGAGCCACGGCUACGACCUGAGACAUCUGGCCGCCGCUAAAGAUGCCAGAGCUCGACUGGGAACUGAUCCUCUUGCACGUUUUCCAGCUGCACGAGACUCUGCGGGUGGUUUCGGACCCCCGUUGCAAAUCCAGCCUCCCUCCCGGGACACUUCCCGCGGUGUAUAGCGAGGCAGCGACCUGUAGGAGGAGACUGCGCGGCCUUUUCUCUCCCCACCUCCGGCUCUCGCCAUUGUUCCCGCCCCCUCGCCGACUGUUUCGGGCCUCUGCUCGCUGUGGCCGCCGCGGCGCCGCUCGCCGUCUCCUUCUCGGCCCCUUCUCCUUCCGCCGCCGCCGCCUCCAGCUCGAGCUCGCCUUGUUGGUCUGUUCCCGAGGGGAGAUCCCAGGCCCCGACUGCCAUGUCCCGCUAUACGCGGCCUCCCAACACCUCACUCUUCGUCAGGAACGUGGCGGGCGCCAGUAGGCCUGAGGAUUUGCGCCGUGAAUUUGGUCGAUAUGGCCCUGUAGUAGACGUAUACAUUCCGCUUGACUUCUACACAAGACGCCCACGAGGAUUUGCUUAUAUACAGUUUGAAGAUGUUCGUGAUGCAGAAGAUGCUCUUUAUAACCUCAAUAGAAAGUGGGUAUGUGGCCGGCAAAUUGAAAUACAGUUUGCACAAGGGGAUCGCAAAACCCCAGGUCAGAUGAAGUCAAAAGAACGUCGCCAGUGUUCUCCAAUGGAUUAUAGAAGAUCAAGAAGCCGCAGCCGAAGGAGGACACGUAGCCGAAGUUCAUCAUGGGGCUGGAAUAGAAGACACUCUGACAGCUUUAAAGAGUCAAGACGUAGACGACAUUCUUAUAGUCAAUCUAAGUCUCGCUCAAAAUCUCUUCCAAGGCAUUCCAGCUCACCAAGACGAUCAGUCACACCUCAAAGAAAUUCUACCUCUAGGGGAAGGUCACGGUCAAAGUCAACACAGAGGAGUUCAAAGUACGCAGAGAAGUCACCAUCCAGUUCCCACCGAAGACGUUCUACUUCAAGGACAAAGUCACGCUCACAUCCAAAGCGCUCAGGCUCAGUUACCAGAUCCCUGUCUAAAUCUCCACGGAAACAUGCCAACUCCAGUUCUCGCUCUAGAAGUUUCUAUCAGAGAAAUAGUAACCAGAACCACAUCAACACAGUUCUUAUGGUCUCAGGUUGCUUGAGAAGGCCAGUGCCAUAUAGGGGAAAUUCUGCAGUGCUCUUCUUGGAGUGUUAGGUUUUGAAGAUUAAUGCUGUCAUGGAGAGCAAUUACACUAUAGCCAUUCCUUCAAGCUUCUUGCAUUGUCAGGAAUGUUACAACCAUUUCCUCUCUGCUUUUCUCCAAGGUGAUGGAUGGAUGAAAUGGAAUGGAAUGGAAUGGAAUGGAAAGAAAUAACAUUUCUUUCUGAGUACCAGAACUCAGCAGUCUGGUACAGCAGACAUGCACUUAGAAUUAAUGGAGUUCACAAUCCUUACACAUGAACAUUAACUUCUGAUUAUCCCAGAGUUUGGUUAUGUCAGCAGCAUAACUUGGAUUGAGAGUUAUUUUGUUGCUGCUUGUUGUUAAAACAGGUAUAAAAGUAUGACCUACUAAUCUGCUGCAAAACAGAAGUCUGAUAGUUAAUUUCAUUUAUCAUUGGUCAGCUUUGGUCACUGAGAUAGCACAAACCUGUACAUACCUAUUCUGAAAUAAUCUCCAGUAAUAUCAAUGAGGGUUAGGAUCAUUUAUCACUAAACCAUAAUGACAUUGCUGCUAAAUCCAAUUAAACCACAUUAUGGCUUAGUGUAAGAGUUUUCACACUGUUGGUAAUAAUGGACAAAUCUGACCAUUAUAAAGACAUGGAAACAACUCAACCCAUUCAAAAGAGGUGGCCAAGUGGCCUGCUAGCUGAGUCAGAAUAAAAAACUACAUGCAAUAAAGUUUGAAUGAUAUAUCUAUUAAUUGAGUUAUUUCUUGAGUAAUUGCACUUGCUGAAAUUAUUUUAGUUGUGACUUCCUACUACAAUAAAGAUUACUAAUUCUUGGUCCUUAGAUUUUCUUGUGAAGUCUGACAGCACAAUGUUUGAAUCCUAUUACCAAGAUUGUGUGACCAUCUCAAGCCAUUCUCUAUCAAAGACUUGACCGGUUAUCUUUUUCUAGAUCUUCCUGAGAUUCUUAAAUGAGAAAAGUCAGGGGCUGAACUUCAGAUCUUCUAUUUGCAAAGUGUUUUGCUAUAUAAUUUUGCUAUGUAUGUACAUACCACACUGUCAGCUUUGUGAGAUAGCCCAGACAGGAAGCUUGCCCAGAUGAACUAAUUCUUUAUUGUAAGGUUACAUUAAUAGAACCUUGCAAGUCAGAAAGUACAUUUCUCCCCCAUUGCCUUUACAGCCCCAGAAACUAGGGAGGGUCCCUUCUGAGAUGUUCGCAAUGCCCACAUUCAGGCUAAGCUGUCCUGUCUCCCAAGGUCAUUCCCAUGUACCAUUACACACACUGACCAGACAUUUAGAAAACUUUAAGAAAUGUUUAUAUCAUUUAAAAGUAAAUAGUAUUAUCAGCAAGAGAUAUGUCAGUUGAGCAAAAUCUCUCAGGUUCGUAGGCAGAUGCGCCUCUUGAGUAAAAACAGAUACUUCUCGCCCUCUGGGCCAGUUUGUAGUUGUGUGCUUUUUUAUAGGAAAGGACAAAUCUUUGCAGAAGCCUCAGACUUCCUUAAUCCCUCUAAAAAGAAGAAACAAAAAGGAGCCGUCCCAUGUUUGUCUCUGCCCACUGUUCUGGGACUGCAAAUAGGGUGCCGGGGAUGAGGUGACACCUGUGGAUUGCUCAGUCAACCAGUUACAGUAUGGUGUAUUUGUUAAUUAUAGAUAUGCAAACAUUGUGUUAGUGUGUUAAGUAAACAGCCUGUAUGUGUAUGAAAUAUGAGCCAGCCAAUGCAUUCAUCUGUAUUUACUCUUAACCAUGGCAGUGCUUCUUUCCUCAUCUUUGAAGCAAAUUGCAAGGUGGGAUUGCCAGGUACGAAAUGGCAUUUUGCAUCCCUUGGUGCAGAGGAGAUAUAAAGGGUUAAUUAAUAGAGGGCUAAUUACUAGGUUAAAUCUAGAAAUAUGCUGAUAAAGGAAUGGGGAAAUGCUGACCAUUGACCAAAUACAGCUGUGGCAUUUUCCCAUUUGGCCUGCAAGCUUCCUGUUAAAGCUGUUCCCCUCUCCCUUCAGUAAACAGAUUGGAGAGAGGGUUCAACAUCUGUUCUGUUUUUUUUUUUGCUCAAACAUGGAGAAUAAUUUGUAGAAGUACUAACAUCACCUAUGCAAUAUGGAUUAAACUGGAUUUAGUGCAGCUAUGCUGUUUGAAGGAAAAGCUGUUACUUGUAUCAGAACUUUUAAUUUAAAGAUCAUUCUAAGAAGUAGCUUAGAAGCAUGCCCAUUGAUAUAUUCAACAUUUACUGAUUAUGUGCCAUCAAGUUGGUAUCAACUCUUAAUGACUGCAUAGAUGAUCUGUCCCUAAUGUGCUCUUUCAGAUCUUCUGAUGAUGCACCCAUUGCAACUGUAAUUUAGUCCAGCCACCUUUCUGCUGGUUGUCCUCUUCUCUUUCCUUCCAACUUCCCCAGCAUUACAGACAUCUCAGAUAAAUCUUUGCAUAAUGUGUCCAAAGUAUACUGUGAGCCUAGUCAUUUGUGCAUCAAAUGAGAACUCUGGUUUGAU